CAGGAAAAGGAAGACGGAUGCGGGCGAAGGGAAGAAUAACGAAACCAAAGGGAAAUAUCGAGACAAAUGACGUGAAGCCAUGGAAGUGUCGGACACGACAACAGCAGCCGCGUCGCGCAGUGACGAGCGUGACGAAGCUGGAUCAGACCUGCAGGCUGAGCUAAUCGAGUGCAGAGCUCAGCUGGAGCAUUGGCAGGGCGUGGCGAGGAUCUGCGAACUAAGCAAACAGGAGGAGCUGCAGGACCUGCAAAAACAGUGUGACCAGGAGAUUCAGUCCUUACAGGAGGCUCUGCGAGAAACAGCUGCUCAGUAUGAAGCCAGAAUAUCUGCUCUGCAGUCAGAGAGAGCGCAGUGGAGGAGAGCUGCUCUGCCCCAUGACACUAAGGGAAUUUUUAAAAAAGGCAAGGUGGAAGGAACAUCUCCCCCCAAUGAUGGAGCACUGGGAGAUUCCUCUCCCCUGCGGGGUGUGGAUCACGAGGGCUCAGGGUCAGACUCCGAUCCUCUGGAGCUGCUGGCAGAGACUUCAGACACAGAGACCACUGGCCUCAUGAUGGACUACUUUCCCCAGCACUGCGACUCUGCCUCUCUGUCAUCUUUCUCUCUUGAUACGCCCUCUCUGCCCCGACAUCCACCCCCUCAGGAUGACACUGCCUCCCUGCUGUCCACUGGAACACUGGUGCCAGAAGCGAUCUACCUGCCGCCACCGGGACACAGGCUGGUCACACAUGCUGACUGGGACAAACUGCAAGCACAACUUGCAGAGCUUCAAGACGAGGUGACGGAGCUUCAAAAACAGAAAGCUGAACUAGAGAGAGAACUGGAAGUGCAAAGCACAGAGACACAAAAACAGUUGUCAGUGCUUCAGUCUCAGGUGCAAACUUCUGAAGCCCUCCUUCAAGAUCUACAGAAAUCUUUUAGCAUGUCACAAAAUGCUGUUCAGUGCAGAUUGGCAGAGCUGUCUUACUCGCAGAAGAGAGUCUGUAAUGAACUCUCCAAGCUGAAGGGAGAAGACGGUGACGUGGAUGAAAAAACCGAGAACAGCCUGCCACCCCCCAGUCCAACACUAGAGGCAGCUCACUGUGAAGAGAGGCUUCGUAUUGAAAUAGUCAACCUACAGGAACAGCUGGAGACGCGCACAGAGGAGAGCGAAAUUCUAGAAGUCAAGCUUGCCAGUCUGAAAGUAGAGACAGACCGCAUACAGAUCCGGAAGGAAAAGUUGGAGGCUGAACUGCAGGAGUGUCGAGUGGAGGUGCAGGGUCUGCGUGUUGCGCUUUCUCACCUUCAGAAAGACAACAAAGCUCACCUUCAGGAAAAGGCGGUGUUACAGCAGCAGUGUUUAGAGUUACGCAGUCAGGUCAUCAGCCUGCGCUCUCAACUAGACACCAGUCAGGCUGUGCAGAAGGAUUUCGUGCAGCUGUCUCAGUCACUGCAGGUGAAGCUGGAGCAGAUCCGCCAAGCAGUAUCAUUGAACCAAGUCAAGCACAUUUUAGGGGAGGAAAUUGAAGAAGAUUUACCCUCAGAUGCCACAUGAAACCAUAAACAAACAGGUGACUUUGUCAAACCAAAGGGAAGAGACUAAGGAGACUAAAGGGCCAAACUAAGGUGGAUUGUCAACAAAAUAACGCAUACAGAAUGAACUGAAGCACUAAACGGCCACUUCUGCACUCAUCUCUUCUGCACUCACUCUCAGUCAUCUCGAGCAUUACAGGCUAAACACGACUCUUUAUCAAUCUGGGCAAUUUGGGAUUUGCUAAUACUUGAAUUGUGUGUAAAGCUAAUACACUGACCACUGUCUGUACUAGAUUUCGUGCUACUGCAAAGUUAGAUUUGUCUUGCUGGUCAUAAAAGAAAGACUGACGGAUGAAAUGCCAAUCAUCAGCACCUGUCACCAGCAAAGUAACCAAAAAACACACACUAGGAACUGAGAAUAAGGCAGUGCUAACUGUAUAUACAAACUACUGCAGAUAUAUCUGCCAUCUUUUGUUAUAGGAAAAAAUACAUGUGCCAAAAUAAGAUUGUUCAGUGAUGAGCAAUCAAAUUUUUAUGUUACUAUUAAAAUAUGGCAUUAAUUCUUUUAGUUAAAAUCUUAACAUGUUACAUGAGAUGCAAACUUUUUCUAAAAAUAUUUUAAGGACCGUUUGUUGACUAUUCUAGUGCCCUAUUUAUUUGUUUUAAAGAGUGCAUCUUUUAAUUCAUACCAUUUUUAUUCAUAACUAGUGUUACAAUUGCUCCUAGCUUCUGAGUCAGGAUAACUGUAAUGAUAGCUAGUUAUUAAUGCUAGCCACCAGCGAGCAAUAACCAAGAA